UUAAAGUAACAUACAAGAAAGGGGAGGUACUUUACUUGUUAACUUUUUGCCCUUCACCUCAAGAAGAUGGACAGAUAACUUUUGAUGUGGAAAUGCACACAAGUAAAGACAGUAGUUCUCAGUCUGAAGAAGAAGCAGUAGAAGGAGAGAAAGAGUUGGAAGUUUUGAAGAAAAGUGCUGACUGGGUGUCAGACUGGUCAAGUAGGCCUGAAAACAUUCCUCCCAAGGAAUUUCAUUUCAGGCAUCCUAAACGUUCAGUGUCUUUAAGUAUGAGGAAAAGUGGAGCAAUGAAAAAAGGUGGCAUUUUCUCUGCAGAAUUUCUUAAGGUUUUCAUUCCAUCUCUGUUCAUAUCUCAUGUUUUGGCUUUGGGACUAGGCAUCUACAUUGGAAAACGACUGACCACACCUUCAGCCAGCACUUAUUGAAAGAUGGGGUGCAAAACCUGGAAAUCCACGUGACCUGUGAAGGUGUUACUGUCUCAUUUAGUACAUUUGACUUGAGACCAUUUUAAGCAUGACCCUGACUUCACCCUUUCCUUACAUAUCCAGGUUUUCGCUAACUCUGGAAUUCAGUAUUGUGUUGGAACUCUGUUGAGGUGUUUCGCUAUCCACAUUCUUUCCCUCUCUCCUCCCAUUCCCCUGCCUCUUGGCCCGCAAGACACGUCAGAGUUGCUGAACGGAGUUUACAACUGUCUAUAUGUUGCAAGGGCUUCUCUCGAUGCAAAAUGCCACCAGCAAGUUUUAAUUUUAUCAGUGAUGCUGUUGCCUCCUUAGUGCAACCUGACUUAAAUUGCAGUUGUGCAUGGUAUAAAUGUUGACUGUAUUACAGUGAUAAAAUUAACAGUCUCUUUGGAAGAAAAUUAUUGAUUGGAGUGAAAAUGAAUUUUUCUUUUGGAAAACAAGCUGGUUGUGAAAUAAACGAAGAAAUCACUGCAAUAAGAAACAGUUUAAAUCACCUUUUGGGGGAGUUUACUUGGCCCCUUGUAUUGGCUAACACCAUUUGAUUUGCAGGAGGCAAAGACUGCAUAAAUUUUAAAGUAGGAUAACUAAAUUCAUCAGCAUAUUUUAAUAUUAGGUAAUUGUUGUAAUCUUGUCUUUUCUAUGAAGUCAGCUCCUUAUUCCUUGUAGGAAAACCUGUCUGAUGCCUAGAAAAUAUUAGAAAAAAUUGCAUUGUUUGCAUGUGAAGAAGCGCUUUUUUUCCUUACCUGUUUUCUUAAGGGAAAAUUUAAAAUGUGAAAUUUUCCUUUUAAAAGUAGUUUUAAAUUAAGGAAGAACCCAACAGCUGUAGGUUGUAGUUAGACUCUGUAUAAAAGGAUAUGAUUCUGUUUGUUGUGGAACCAUUUUACAGUGAUGAUGAUAUGGCAGUUUCAGAAAGUAAAGCGUUUGACUUAUCUCUAAGGGGGACAAUCUUGCAGGUGCGUAGAGAUUCAGAAGUUGUAAAGCUCUGAAAUGUCUUCUGCAAAUGAGUUUUCAAUAUUCCUAUCUCUCAUUGUUUACUGUACAAUCUCCUUUGGGGAUACAUGGAAUCUGAAAGUCACUCGUGAUGUCUCAUGUUAGAUAGACUUCUCACUAAUGUUGUUGAACUUUUCUCUUAGGGAACAUUAAGCCUUGUCCUCCUCCAGUGACACUUCUUUUCAAAAUGUGAAGCUUUAGUACCAAAUUGUUACGAAGCAUUGGGACAGUCAUGUCCUUAAAUAGAUUUUAUCAGAUUUCAGAACAUGUAGCAUGACUCUGAAGGAUAGAAUACUCUUUUUUUUAUAUAUAUAUAUGAAUAUAUAAAAAAAAUAUGAUAUAGACUUUAAUACUAAGUAUUUAGGGAACCAAUGCUAACUUUAAGACUAGCAAAAAUCUCAUUUAAAUAAAAACUUUAGUAAGCUGACUUGUAGAAAAUGGUAAGAAAAUACAGUCAGCCAGUUUGGAGAGAACAACUACCUAUAAUUGUUUGCUUGCAUCAAUCUUUUAUAAAAAGUUGAUUAUUUGAUAUAGCAGUGACUGCUUGAAACAGUUGAUGCAUAGAAGCUAAAUCCCAAUUGAGGUUUCAUUUAAAAGAACUUACUUAGCUCCCAGGAAGUAAAAAAGUUAAGCGUAAAUCCACUGCUAAACUGUAUUUAUUUUUAUUCUCUACUUCUGAAUGCUGUUAGAGAAUGCUUUCAGGAUGAAGGGGCAGUCUAACAAAAAAUUCUGUUCAAGACAUUGCUUUUUUUUCUUUCAGUUGUGAAUACUAGUGGCACUCGAGCUGCCUACAAUGCGUAUUUGUUUCAAGCGUGGAUAUUGGGUUUCACCCAAAGGUGGGGGAGGGAAGGGGGAAGUGGUGAAGGGUGUUUUAGAUAGUAUCAAGUACAUCAUUUUACAGCCCUAAAAACUGAGGGGAUGGGGGAAAUGCUGAAACACUUUCAGUUCUAAUUACAGCACCUUGUUAUGUGUGGAAAUAAGAAUAGUGGACAUGGAUUUUUACGAAGUAGGGAGUACUUUUUUAAAAAAAAAAAAAGGAAAUUAUCCCUGUCUAAAUUAAAAGGUAUUUCUUCAAAAUAUCUGAAAUAAUAUUGCAAGCUUGUGGCUAGAGUAUCAACACAGCUUAUAAUAUUUGAAGGAGCUGUGAAGUAAAAAUCGUGAAAACUACGGAUGAGGAAUGGAUACAUGAUCACUUGCUAUGAUACAAUGCAGUAUUUAUUGAUACCCUACUAUAAGCUUUGGAUGAAAGUCUACAACUUCUAGUUUUACAAUGAACAGAAACAGAUUGUUGUAUAAUUGGAAAAGGGGUUUCAACUAUUGAUAGUUGAAGUUUUGUUAAGAUAAAUGUUGUUUAAAAAGCUUUAUACCUGUUUACAGUUUUGGAAAAAAAAAUGCAGGCUUCAUUUUUCUUACAUUCAGUGAAAACUGGCCUAGAAUAUUUGUAAAUAGGAUCAAGAAAAAAACAAAUGCAUAAACUCGCACAUUAAAAAUGCAGCAGGCUAAUUUAACUGCAGGAAACGCAUAUUUACUUACUGUUUUAAAAAGUGAAAGCUGAAGAUUGUUAGAAAUUCAAAUUUUUUAAUUGACAUUUGUUGAAAUAUUGGAAUUAACUGAGCCAAAGUGAUUAUGCAUUCUUCAUAAAUUAGUUAGCACUUUGUAACAUUAUAUACCGUUUACAGUACAUGUAUAAGUUGUAGCUUAUAAACAUUUUGUGCCAUUAAAGCUCUCACAAAACUGGUUGUCUGAAAUUA